AUGGAGAGAGAUCGAAAGGUUGUGUCGUUCUUUCUUCUCAUGAUCAUAACAAUUGUAUCUGUGGGUUUAUUCAAUAGUGUUGAAGUUGAAGGAGGAAGAGAUAUUCCAGUGACUGGCAAAACUGAUAGUAAAGGUGCUGACACUAUCAAAGAUGCUUACCAACGUCAGGGCCUUUUUCAUUUUGGCGGUGGCUUCCAUGGUUUUGAUCCGGGUUACAAACAUGGUGGGUUCUUCCCUGGUUUUGGACAUGGUGGGUCAUUCCCUCUACCAGGUGAGUCGGGUUUCAGCCAUGGUUUUUCUGGUUUUCCUGGGCAGGGAGGCAGCUUUGGUGGUGGCAGUGAUCAAGGUGGUGAGCCAGGUGAAGGCACUGGCAUAGGUGGCGGCGGUUUUGGCAACGGUCAAGGUGUAGGUGGUGGCAGUGGUAAUGGUUUUGGUGGCGUUCAAGGCAUCGGUGUAGGUGGUGGUGGCAGUGGUUUUGGUGGCGGUCAAGGCGUAGGUGUAGGUGGUGGUGGCAGUGGUUUCGGGAGCAGUCAAGGUGGUGAUGAAGACAUUGGUGUAGGUGGUGGUAGUGGCCAAAAUGGUGGUGAAGGUGUUAGCGUAGGUGGUUUUGGCAGCGGUCAAGGUGGUGGAAGCUGCAGCUGUGCCAGCAGCAGCGGCUUUGGUGGUAGACAAAGUGGUGGCGGCUUUGGUGGGUUCCAAUCAGCAUUUAGGAAAAUCCCAGUUCCAUACAAGACUACUGCUACUACUCAAGCUACUGGGGAGGACGGAAAAGCAACAGAGAUUAACUUGGAAAAAAAUCCCUGA